GUGAUUGGAGUAGAGGCCGGAAGACGGGCUGGGAUGAGAGUUGUUUGGGUACCGCAUCCAGAUGUUGCGGUGGAGUACCAAGCAAGGCAGAAAGAAGUCCUGGCGGGGAGGAUGGGCAUCAUCGAGAUCGGAGACGAAAGGCAACUCGGGGAACUGGAUGACGGCUGGGCCGAGAAUAUACCGAGUUUGGAGUACUUCGAUUAUGGGAAGUACGGCAUCGAUAUACCACCGUGAGUAUUAUUUAAGAACCUGGAUGGUAAAAUCAAAGAAUAUCUAGAAUUAAUUGCCCGGAGCUAAGAAAGGUAUAUAGUACUCAAUUUAUAGCAACCACUGUGGACUUAGG